AUGAAUGCCACGUCGAGCGACCAUGGAGGUCUCAAGUAUUUUUCCGGUGAUAGCGAAGACCAGAAAGAAUAUCGUCGCUGGAAAGCAUGGGUCCAAGCAAAGAUGCUUACCCUAGACAAGAUGCCCAAGGAAGCCCGUGGUGCAUACGUGUUCACUCUGCUGUCUGGCAAGGCCCUGGAGUGUGUGGAACACUUAGAGCCAUCAAAAUAUCAGACUGCUGAUGGAGAAAAGGUUUUGUUUGAGCUUUUGGACGCCCGCUUCCCUCAGAAGGAGAUGUCGGAUGAGAUGUCCGAGACCCUGACCGAGAUCUUCAAUCUGAAGAUUCACGAAGGAGAAAGCCUCAAGGCUUGGAUCAGCCGUGCUUCGGAGAUGUUUGACCGCUGCUUGAGGAAAACCAAUGUUUCCUUCCCGGAAGAGGCCAAGGGCUGGUUGAUUUUACAUAGAAGUGGCCUCUCCAAUGAGCAGAAGGCGGUCUGCUUGGCUCGGUCUUUGGGGGUGCUCAAACGCGAAGAGGUUGGCAAGGCAAUGAGAUCCUGCUAUCCAGAGUAUGUAGGGUCGAAGAAGUCACACUCUGGAGCAGCUGUUGUUGAGACCGACUUCAUGGAGCCGGACCUACAACAGACUGUUGAUUCUGCUGAGGAGUUUCACGAUGUCGAACAGUUCUUAGCUGAACACGAACUUGGAGAAGCCCUCGACGACUCCGAGCUGAAGCGUGUUGCCUCGACCUUCGAAGUUGAUGGAGGUCCAGCUGCAACGGAGUGCCUAUUGGUAUCGAGCCCCGGUUUUGGGGUCAUUGAUUCUGGAUGUGGACGCACCAUUAUUGGCAAAGACACCUUGGCAUCCUUCCAAAAGCUUUGGAAAGAUCGUGCCGUCCCUCUUCCGGUGGCCGAACCUGAGGAAAAUCACUUUCGCUUUGGAAACGGAAACAAAGAAGUUUCUUCUGAAGUGGUGCCUAUGCCGGUCAACAUUGCUGGAAGAACUGGUGUGAUUCGAGCUGCAGUGGUGCAAGGUCGAGCUCCUCUCCUGAUCUCACGCUCAGCUCUGCAGAAGUUGAAAGCAGUGCUGGAUUUUGAUCAGUGCCGCAUGACGUUGUUCGAUGGAGCAUGUCACGUCCCUCUGCAGAUCAAUGCUGCCGGACAAUUUGUGAUUGAUGUGAUUGGCUCAAAAAGUGAUCGUGUGCCCACCUCGCCGAAGCCGCCUGAUUUUGAAGAAGUGAUGGCUUCUGUUCCUGAUGCAGUGGAAACCUCCACUGUGGCCGAUGAUCAUGCCGCUCCUGACGCAGAGCCUGAGUCUCUUCGGUCAGAACCCGUUGAGUCAGAUGAGUGCUCUGCGAGUGCCACCGCGUUGUAUCGUCCAGCAGCCAUGAGACAAGAAGACUUCUUGGAAGUCAUCAAAGAAGUCGGGGUGUACCAGAUUUCUCCAGAAGACACCAUCCUUCAGCAGCAGGCCGGCUUUAGUCUUGUCCCCUUCUCCAAUGAGGUUGGGGGAGCUAUGACAGACGCGUCCAAGCGUCGUGACGGGUCUUUGAUGGAGCACCAACAGCCAAAGAAGCCUCAUGCCAUGCCCAAGGCCGUGUUUCCACUUGGAGCGAUGGGAGCCGCACCAAUGUCCUCCUUCUCCCCUGAGCAUGUCAGCGGAACACCUAUGAUGAACAGUUCCGAUGCCUCAGCUGGAUAUGUCGCUUCAAUUCAGUUUGCACCACCCAUGCCUCAGUCCGAAAAGUCUUCGAAUUUGGUACCUGAGCUGCCGCCACAGGUAGAAAGUUUGGAAGAAUGGGGUCGCACAGUGAUCCAAUUCGGGCAGUACAAAGGCUGCAACAUGUCAUAUGCCGAGCUUGCCAGUUCCGAGGACUCUCGAGCCAAGAGCUACAUCAAGUGGGUGACGGCUCGUCACCGCAGCUCGACAGGUUUGUUGCAUGAUCUCGCAGGAUACCUGGUAAGGUACCAAUUCGAGAUCGAUUACCGCCUUGAUGAGGCCUGGUCCGGUACUUGCAUUCCCGGAACCUCAGUGCCACGAGCCAUGAAGUGA